UGGUCUGUUUGUUGGAAAAUUCAGUCAGAAGUGAAUUUUCUGGGAAGGCUUUCUCAUCCGAACUUAGUGAAGCUGUUUGGGUACUGUUGGGAGGAUCAAGAGCUGUUACUUGUAUACGAGUUUAUGCAGAAGGGAAGCACGAUCAACCAUCUUUUCAGACGGAGUUCUGCUGUUGAGCCACUUUCUUGGGACAUACGGCUCAAAAUAGCCAUUGGUGCAGCACGGGGCCUUGCUUGCUUGCACACAUCAGACAAGAAAGUCAUUUACAGGGACUUCAAAGCAUCUAAUAUACUGCUUGAUGGGAACUACAAUGCAAAAAUCUCAGAUUUUGGCUUGGCGAAAUUGGGGCCCUCAGGUGGAGAAUCGCAUGUGACAACACGAGUUAUGGGCACAUAUGGUUAUGCUGCUCCAGAAUACGUUGCAACAGGUCAUUUAUAUGUGAAGAGCGACGUGUACGGUUUCGGUGUUGUGCUGCUGGAAAUGCUGACAGGUUUGCGGGCACUUGAUUCCAAACGCCCCAGUGGGCAGCAUAAUCUGAUUGAUUGGACAAAGCCCUUUCUCUCCAACAAAAGGAAGCUGAAAUCAAUUAUGGAUGUGCGGAUAGAAGGGCAAUAUUCUUCAAAGGCAGCAUUGAUUGCUGCUCAACUCACUCUUCAGUGCCUGGAAUCAGAACCUAGAAAACGCCCCCCCAUGAAAGAAGUUGUAGAUAUCUUAGAACGGAUUGAAGCCAUGAAGCAAAAACCAAAAGAAUCCCAAGCCAUCUCUACACACUCUACAGCUCAUCGUCAUGGACAUCGACCUAUUCAUCAUCAUCAUCAUCGUCAUCAUUCUUCGCUUCACCCGAGCCACCAUGGCAUCAACUGAGCCAGAAAACAAUCAAAUUGAGUGAGGUAAGCUGAUAAAUUGGAUCGAUGCAAGAUUAUGUUAAUGCAAAUUGUUUUCUUUUCUUUUCUUUGUUUCUUUUAUUUUGGCGUAAAAAUUAUUGUCAAUUCAUUGUUUUAUCAUUUUCUUGGAAUUCUUUUCAUCACAAUAUUUUAGUUACCACUUGUAUUUUAGAUCCGAUGAUUGUGUUGUAAACUCAACUAAGAUUUUUCUAAUAUUAUUUGUUGUUUAAUGGAUAUGGGAACUAUAAUUGUUUCUAGCAA